GCUUACAAAGAGAUUAAAGAGUGAAUCCCUGAAGUCUGACUUCACGAUAGAUUUAAAACAUGAGAUCGCGCUCUACAUCUGGGACGGAGGGGACGGACUCCCGCUCACGCCCGUGCCCGAGUUCUGUACAGACAGGGUGGGCUCCUCCUGCGCCACCUCGUUCCAGUCUUCCCUGCCGCUCUGUGGAAAUCCAGUGAAGAAGGAGGAUAUUUUUGUUGCAGUGAAAACAUGCAAGAAGUUUCAUGGUGAUAGAAUCCCCAUCGUGAAGCAGACUUGGGCGGGGCAGGCAGGUCGCCUCGAAUACUACAGUGAUUACGCAGACAGCUCCAUUCCGACGGUGGAUCUGGGGAUUCCUAACACAGAUAGAGGUCAUUGUGGAAAGACAUUUGCCAUUUUGGAAAGAUUUCUAAAUCACAGCCAUGACAGAAUACCAUGGUUGGUCAUUGUGGAUGAUGACACAUUAAUAAGCAUCUCCAGGCUCCGGCACCUGCUGAGCUGCUACGACGCCCGUGAACCCGUGUUUCUGGGAGAGCGUUACGGCUACGGGCUGGGCACCGGCGGCUACAGCUACAUCACAGGAGGAGGAGGAAUGGUCUUCAGCAGAGAGGCCAUCAGGAGACUUCUCGCCAGCAAAUGUCGCUGCUAUAGCAACGAUGCUCCAGAUGACAUGGUCCUGGGGAUGUGCUUCAGUGGGUUAGGAAUCCCCGUGACACACAGCCCUCUCUUCCAUCAGGCGCGGCCGGUGGAUUACCCUAAGGACUACCUGUCUCACCAGGUUCCCGUGUCUUUCCACAAGCACUGGAACAUCGAUCCCGUGAAGGUCUACUUCACGUGGCUGGCGCCCGCUGAGGAAAACCAAGCCGGGCAUAAGAGCCGAAGAGGCCUCAAAGAGGAGCUGUGAGCACGGGGCCUGCAGGCACGGGUCGGAGGCCGAGACUCGCACUGUCCUGCAUCUCGCAGCUCAUCUGUGCGUGACACAUGGCGUCGGAAGCGUCCUGACUGCAGGUGGACGUGUGAUGUGUUCAUUUUUGAGUUGGGGGUGGGGAAGAAGUCAUAGGGAAAACAGAUUUUUUUUCUUUUCUGGGGAAAAGAAAUCACUUGCAUUUGCAUUAUGCAGUUCUUGUAAUAGACAAUGAUUACUGUGUAUUUUUCAAGCUGUGAAACAGCAGCUUUAUUUCUGUCACAGAAAAAUAAAUGGUACCAGAAGUCUCCUUCCUGUCCUCACUCUUCAUUAUAACAGAUGUAUCAGCUGGGCAUGAGGCUGGAGAGACGUGACUGUCUUCACCAUUAUACAUAAAAUAAAGAAGAGAAGGUGUCUUGACCUGGAUCUUACCAUGGGGCCAACUUUUAAACCAUACUAUUGAUGAUCAAAAUGAUCUCCUGGUAACUCAGUAGGAAGACUGCUGUAUUAAGGAUCAUUCGUAAAACAUCAUAAAAGUCUAGCAAUGAAGAAAUCCCCUGGAGUCUGUAAUCAGAGUUGUUAUGUUUUAUCUGUUUUUCUGUUUAUGCCUCAUAAAAAGAGAAUAAGAAGUCUUCUGUGAGAGUUUUCUGCUUCUUUAGAGGUUCAUCUGUGUUCUAUUUCUCCCUGAAGCCCUAUCUUUAUGACCUACUUAUAACACAAAAGUAUACUGACUGCUGCCAGAAAAGUGUUCUCAGUAUUUAAAAAACAGCGUUGUAUUUUAUUCAAGUCUCUGAGCUCUGUGUAAAGUCUCAGCAAGUAUAUUAAAUUAAUUGUACCUGGUAUUUUAUUCUUGUUUGUAUGUUACGUAAUGACUCCAGACUCAGAACAGACCUCCCCAGUGUCAGGGAGGGCUGAAUGGUGAUUUGGCAACUUCCCAGGGUUCUCAAGGAAUGAAAUCUGCAACCAGUAUUUUGAAACUGUGCUAAUUUCCACAUCAUAGCUUUAAUAUGUAGUAAUUUAAUACACUGUUAAUUUUUAAAGCUUAUUCUGUAUUUAACAUUUAAUUACAUAAUUCCAUUUUCUAAAGGUAUUUGCACAAAAUUUGAUUUUACUAUGUCUUAAACUAAUUUUGGCAUAGUAAAAUACUUUUUUUAAAUAAAAAUUAUUAAAAAAAAUAAAAAUUAUUAAUUUUGCUUAUUAUGUUUUUAUAUCCAAGCACAGGGUUUUAAAGCUGUGCCACCAAAUGUACCCAGGUGCGUGUUUUAAUGAUACAUUUUUCUUGCAGCUUAUAUGGAUUUCCAAAACAAUGCAAUAGUAUUUACCAUUUUUGCAAACUAGCCAAUACCAGGACUGGUGUGUUUUCAAUGAUAACUGAACACACUGGAUUCGUUUCUCUGAAAGUGGAUUUUGUGGUCUGUUCGGGGAAUGGAUCCAGCAUGAUGGGUUGGAUGAGAAGCACCUGAAGGAUUUAAACGUCGGGCCAAGCUACUGCUGAUGAAUCAGUACUGUUGUCAUAACUGGGAUUCCUGUCACUGUCACCGUCAUAGCCGCCUUCGUGGCACCUGUGAUAAUGCACCUGGAGGGCCAGGCUGCCUGACCCUGUGGAGAAAAGCCUUCAGCUUCUACUCAUGCCUGCCACCGUCACACUCAGCAAACAGUGUGUUUCUCUGAAAGGACUGAACGUGAAGCAUCUCUACCUGAGGGUCCUCGUCAAGCUUUCUCUGUUAUGAUGACCAGUGCCUUCUGCUGAUACCGGGGCGCCUCCUCUGGUACUUUUAGGUAUUCUGUUAAUUAUGUUUACUUUUUGGAACUGUGUAAGCCUAACAAGUAAAAGAACUUUGCCUAA